AUGUACCAGUAUACUUUUCUCCCGUUCGGAUUGCAUGUGUCGUCCGGUUUUUUUCAAUCGGCAACAGAUAGUGUAAUAAAAGGACUCGACAGUGUGCUUGCAUAUCAAGAUGACCUCCUUAUUUUCGGCCUUAACAAGAAAGAAUACGAUGCCCGUCUUACGCAGCUACUGGAACAAUUCGUCGCCAGUAACGUGGCUAUCAAGCCGUCCAAAUGUGUGUUUGGUGUGAGUGAGUUGGAGUUUCUAGAAUCCACAGUUGAUGCUCGUGGAUUGCGUUCCGAUCCGACACGUUUCAAACCAUGA